AUGCUUUCAUCGUUAAGAGCUUUCACAAAACUGAUCAACUCUUCAUAUGUUCAGAACAGUUCAAUUCGUACCAUUUCAACCUCUUUAAAGUCCAAUCAUGGAGAUUUUGAAUACAAAGACCCACAAUCCGAAGAAGAUGUUGUUAAUAUCACUUACAUAUUAAGAGAUGGAACGCCGAAGAAAAUUAGAGGGAAAGUUGGGGAUAAUGUUAUGUAUUUAGCUCACAGGUAUGAUAUUGAAUUGGAAGGAGCGUGUGAAGCUUCAAUCGCUUGCUCUACUUGUCAUGUUUAUGUAGACGAAAAGUUUUACGAUGGCUUAGAUGAACCAAAAGAAGAAGAAGACGACAUGUUAGAUCAAGCUCCAGCAUUAAGGCACAACUCUCGUUUAGGAUGUCAGAUUAUUCUCAGAAAGGAUAUGGACGGCUUAACUGUUACAUUACCUCAAAUGACAAGGAAUUUCUAUGUCGACGGCCAUGUCCCUCAGCCACACUAA